CACCGGAGGCAGUCUGGAGGAAUUCUAGUUCAACAAAAGCUUCGACACAACAGAAAAAUUCAUACACCCAUUGAAUUUUGGCAUUGAAGCAGUAUUCUUACCAUGUCGUCCUCUGGCAGCGGUCCCUUGUACCUGGGUUUCGACCUGUCCACACAGCAACUCAAGGCUGUCGUUAUCACAUCCGCCCUGAAUGUGGCGCACGAAGCCAAGGUCGAUUUUGACGCCGAUCUCGCUCACCAUGGCAUCACGAAAGGGGUCUUCCAUCCUUCGCCAAAAGAAGUAACCGCGCCGGUCGCGAUGUGGCUCGAGGCUGUUGAUCUGGUUCUCAGUCGACUGCGAGAGGCCGGCGCCCCGCUGGAUCGGAUAAGGGGGAUUAGCGGAGCAGGACAGCAGCAUGGGAGUGUGUUCUGGAAUAAGGCUGGGGAGGAGACAUUGAGCAAAUUGGAUGCGAAGAAGACAUUGGUGGAGCAGCUGAAGGGUGGUUUCGCGUGCGAGACGAGCCCGAAUUGGCAGGAUGCGAGCACACAGAAUGAGUGCGAUGCUUUUGAUAAGGUACUCGGUUCGGAGGAGGCGUUGGCAAAGCUUACGGGUAGCAAAGCGCAUCAUCGAUUCACUGGCCCUCAGAUCAUGAAAUUCAAGAAGAACAACCCGGAUGUAUACGAGAAGACAUCGAAGAUCUCCCUCGUAUCUUCGUUCCUGGCAUCCGUAUUCCUUGGAAGCGUGGCUCCGAUCGAUAUCAGCGAUGUCUGCGGCAUGAACCUCUGGAACAUUGUCGAGGGAGCGUGGGAGUGGGACCUCCUCACCCUCGCAGCCGGCAGCAAGGAAGACGGCGAGAUACUACGACGGAAGCUGGGCGAUGUCCGAUCAGACGGCGGUGGCAGCAUGGGAGCUAUCUCAGACUACUACGUGCAACGAUACGGCUUCAGCAAGGAGUGCCAGAUCGCGCCAUUCACAGGUGAUAAUCCAAGCACCAUUCUCAGUCUGCCUCUGAGAGCGGGUGACGCCAUGGUCAGUCUCGGCACUAGCACGACAUUCCUCAUGUCGACACCCCACUUUGUCGCCGACCCAGCCGUCCACUUCUUCAACCACCCCACAACAAGCGGCCUAUACAUGUUCAUGCUCUGCUACAAGAACGGCGGUCUCGCCCGCGAAAAGACGCGCGACUCGCUCACCAAAUCCAGCAACGGCAACACCUGGAGCACCUUCGAGAAGACCGUUCUCGAGAGCCCACCGCUCGGCAAGAACACGCCCCUCGACCCCGCAAAACUGGGCCUGUACUUCCCCCUCCCUGAGAUCGUGCCAAACGUGCGCGCAGGAACGUGGCGCUUCUCGCUCGCCAAUGGCGCGCUUACCGAGUCCGCUGAGGGCUGGAAGAUCCCCGAAGAUGAUGCGCGCGCGAUCGUCGAGUCACAGGCUCUCUCGCUGCGUCUGCGGUCAAAGAACCUGGUUGUCAGCCCUGCAGCAGGGUUGCCGGCGCAGCCAAAGCGAAUCUACCUUGUUGGUGGGGGCUCGCUGAGCCCGGCGAUCGCAAGGGUGAUGGGAGAUGUACUAGGUGGUGUGGAGGGUGUCUAUAAACUCGACGUUGGCGGCAAUGCUUGUGCGCUCGGUGGGGCUUAUAAGGCCGUUUGGGCCGUGGAGAGGAAGGGGACUGAGACGUUUGAGGAGCUGAUUGGAGCGAGGUGGAAUGAAAGUGAGGCGGUGGAGAAGGUGGAUAUUGGAUACAAGCCACAGGUGUGGCAGGCAUACGGCGAUGUGCUGCCGGCCUUUGAGGAGGCGGAGAAGCAGGUCUUGGCGAGUGAAAAGAGGGCUGCGUGAGAAUAAUGGGUUGCAUGUCACCGAAUAUUGAACAUAUAACUUCUGCAUAGUUUGUCUAUUUCCCUUUGGCCUUUUAAAAUAGACUAUAUGGCAAGACGAGCGACAAAGCAAUUCACGGGCCGUAUGGCGUCCGCUCGUCUCCAUGUUUCGGGCAUGAAAGAAGAUUUACUUAGUUAACAAAGGGAAUCUAACUCCGGAACUAGAUAAUGCGAAUUGUGCUCAAACACUGUCAUGGGUAAAACAAAGCCUCUUUAUGUAAACAAACGAACUUAUUAUCGCCCAGUGUUCCACAUAUCCAUUCCAUCCCCGUGCCAUUAUCCAACUCAUGGCUAUAAAAACACGUC